CUCUGUAGCCACAAAUUUUACUUGCAUUCAAACACUGAAUGGGAAAACUUAAACAAUAUAGCGAAGGGGAAAAUCAGUUUGUGAAAACUUGUGAAACAGGUUGGACGUGUUUUUCCGAACACUUUGUCGAGUCGACUGGUUUUGUAUUUGAAAAUAUACUUUUUUCGGUGGUACAUUUUUUUCGGCGACGGUUGGUUGACAGGUUUAUUAUUAUUAUUGUACCGCAAGACGACGACGGUAGAGAAGAAGCAAAAAACCAACGACGGCACAAAAAAGAGUAAGAGGUGUUCCGAGAUAAUAUUUGUCGUGUAAAACAUACAGCCCAUUCAUAACGGUUAUGGUUUAGGAAAGAUAUUACAUAUCAGAAGUAAACGGUGUGUGUGGCAGUUUUCUUCGUUCGGGGGUGCAUGCUUUCGUUUUUUAUCUUCUGUGUAUCAAAAGUAAUAAAUAAUUUGUUGCGGGUACUUUUCUAUGAUUCAUGUGUGAAAAAUUGCGUGUUCGAAAUUUUUAAAUAGAAAACAAAGAAAAGAAUUUUCCUUUCCUCUGUUGUUAAAAAAAAGUGUUGAAUAAAUAAACGUAAAUUGCUUGGAAGAAUAUGUGAAGAAAAUAAUAAUAAAAAAAAAAUUCUUAUUUAAUAUUGCAUUUAGAAACAAGUGAAUGUACGGAAAGAUAAUAAAAAUAAAUUUCAGAAUUGUGAAGAACGAGAAAAAUAAAAUAAAAUAAUAAAUUAACCGGUCUUUAUGGCAGCAAAGGUUUCUCAAUAAAUUACAGUGCCAACACAAACAUCGUACUUAUACUUUGGGAGUAGUGAAUUCGGAGCAGAGAUACUCAACGCAAACCGUUAUCAUGAAGAUGUCAAAGUUAUCCAAUCAGACUAAUUCCCAAGAUCCACAGGCGGUUAAUUCAAGAGUCUUCGUUGGAAAUUUGAAUACUUUUCAAUGUUCAAAAACAGAUGUCGAGAGAAUGUUUCAAAAGUAUGGUCGAUUGGCAGGUAUUUCCAUGCACAAAGGAUAUGCAUUUGUACAAUUUACGAAUCCUUUCGAUGCUCGGAACGCAUGCCACGGUGAAGAUGGUCGAACUAUUUUAAGUCAAUUAUUGGAUGUAAAUAUGGUGGCAGAGCCGAAACCACACCAAAUCGGCAGAAAACGACAAAAUGUCACAAAAACUGGAAACGAUUGGGAUUACUAUUAUGACAGCUACUAUACGUCACAAUUGUUCCCAACAACGGCACCCAGACCAAUAAAACGCCAAAGAUUAAUGACGCCGCAAACUCGAGGAAAUGUACUUGUUAAUACGAAAGUUAAUUCGCCACAACAGCAGCAGCAGCAGCAACAACAACAGCAACAAAUAUUGUUGCCAUCAAGUCCCAUAUCGAAUGGCAACAAUGCAAACGGUUGCAGCAAUGGCAUCAAUGGAGACCAGAAUCCGACAAUGUACACAAAUGGACAACAGCAUUUGCUCGGACCGUUCAAAGUUUACAGUAACCCAGACACAUUAAUUUGCGGAAAUUGCAGAGAAUGCUUCUUAGAAUUGGGUGAAUUACUAGACCAUAAACGAUCGUACUGUAAAUUGCGUUUCACAUGUAAAUGUCAAGAGAAUUUCGUGAAUUCGAAAAAUCCGUUUCCACCAUCAACGAAACUUUUGUGCGCCGUAUGCAAAGAUGAUUUUACCAAUCCGUGGGAUUUGAUGGUACAUUCACAGGCGGCCCACAUGAUUAACAUUUACGAAUUAGGCAAUGAUAGCACGAACAACAACAACAUAUCAAAGAAUGGAAACAGCGAUUUAAUGAUGGAAGAUCCGGAAUUAAGUGACAAUUUAUUGAGCCCACGAAGUUCAGCUAGCAAAGAGGAAAAGGAGCCCAGCUUAAGCGGUGACCAGAUAACCUACAAUUUGACAUCGUCACCAAAUUUCUCACAGGACGACAACAAAACGAAUGGAUCACCAUCGUCGUCGCGUGACAGCUCACCGCGACCGGAUUCCAUUUCGCCAACCCAACCAGCAUGCAUAAUGCGCACAUUAAGUAUUGAAACAACACCUGAUUCAGCGCUAGGCAUUGUUGCGUCGUCUAUAGCGUUAACUAUAGCACAUGGAACGAUAGCGUCACAGUAAAUGGUUAAUUUGAAGUGCAUGAAAUUAUAGUU